CACUGUGGCUGGCGGACUCUACAGUAGCGGACUUUAACUUAGUCUUACCAGCUUGUCGAAGACAAACCGAGCAAACUAAUCGCCUGGAUUUACGUUCAAGUUUGAGGUAUAUUAGCGCGCGUGUGUGUGUGCCAUACAGAGUACAGGAGUCAAUAACCUCUGUUGUGACUGUGCCUGCGACGUCUUGUUUUCCACAUGACCUGCCUGGUGGGGGCGCUGCUGGUGCUGUUCCUCUACUGCACCCUCACUCCUGUACACUCUCGGGCAGUGAGUGUGUCGUUAUCAGAGGAAGACGGUGACGCUCAAGACCCGAUCAUCUUCCCCGGCAAGUCCACAGGUUCCAGUCAGACUCACUCACCUCUCAUGGAAAGAUUUUCAAACUUGUAUCCAUCGUGGCCAGAGCCUCACCACCAUGCCAGUGAGAGCAGAGAGAGGAAGGAGCCUUCACUGCAGGAGGGAAGGAUGGAAGUUGAGGCAGCCAGACGCCGCCGCCAGCAUCCACCACAGGUGGAAGCUAGGCACCAGCUGAACAACCCGUGGCGUCAGGCACAACACCUGGGAUACAUGGCCAGGGGUCAACCACAGCCUCAGUCCUCACUCUGGUACUGGUAGUGUCAGGUGUCAGUUACACUCCUCACUCUGGUACUGGUAGUGUCAGGUGUCAGUCACACUCCUCACUCUGGUACUGGUAGUGUCAGGUGUCAGUCACACUCUCACUCUGGUACUGGUAGUGUCAGGUGUCAGUCACACUCCUCACUCUGGUACUGGUAGUGUCAGGUGUCAGUCACAUUCCUCACUCUGGUACUGGUAGUGUCAGGUGUCAGUCACACUCUUACUCUGGUACUGGUAGUGUCAGGUGUCAGUCACAUUCCUCACUCUGGUACUGGUAGUGUCAGGUGUCAGUUACGCUCCUCACUCUGGUACUGGUAGUGUCAGGUGCCAGUCACACUCUCACUCUGGUACUGGUAGUGUCAGGUGUCAGUCACAUUCCUCACUCUGGUACUGGUAGUGUCAGGUGUCAGUCACUCUCACUCUGGUACUGGUAGUAUCAGGUGACAGUCACACACUCUGGUAUUGGUAGCCAUACGAGUACAAGGGAAAAGACAAACAGCAGAGGACGUGGCAACCCAGAUUAAGGACCAUCUUGUAUUAUCUAGGUGUAUGAGUCAAGGAUAGAAAAGCAGAAGAGAAGGUAUACAAGACCAGGUGUCAUCCAUAACCAUGCAUUCUUGCUGGUAGUGAAGGUAUACACGACCAGGUGUCAUCCAUAACCACGCAUUCUUGCUGGUAGUGAAGGUAUACACGACCAGGUGUCAUCCCUAACCACGCAUUCUUGCUGGUAGUGAAGGUAUACACGACCAGGUGUCAUCCCUAACCACGCAUUCUUGCCGGUAGUGAAGGUAUACACGACCAGGUGUCAUCCAUAACCACGCAUUCUUGCUGGUAGUGAAGGUAUACACGACCAGGUGUCAUCCAUAACCACGCAUUCUUGCCGGUAGUGAAGGUAUACACGACCAGGUGUCAUCCAUAACCACGCAUUCUUGCUGAUAGUGAAGGUACACACGACCAGGUGUCAUUCAUAACCACACUCUCCUGCUGGUAGCAAUGGUACACAGUACCAUAUAUUAACCACUCUUGUUAGUAACAGUACACGUUGCUAAAGUAUAAAUAAUAUGCAAGAAAAUCACUGCUUGUGUAGGCCUAGGCUGCAGCUGUGUGAACAGAGAAAACGCUGCCGAGUCUAAGUGAAUUUCUUGCAUAUUUUUCUUGCGAUUUCCUCAAGGCACUGAUAAAGUCUCCUUUGCCAAUGAAUAU